AGCACUACAUGUGGUUUAUGGACGGAGGUGUACGGUUUCUUGUAGCGGAGCGGAUUUUGUAUCACAGUUGAAGAAAAGAUCCCAGGAUUUUAAAUGAGUAGUUAUAAAAGCUCUUCAUUAUAGUACGAAUUAUGAUUUAACGCAGCAUUUUUCUACACAUCACGAUUCAAUCACAAUUCUAUACAUGAAAAUCUCUAGUCAAACUUCGCGGCCCUCAAAACAUGAGGUUAUUUUUCUAUUUAUGAACUUGCCAAGGAGAUAAAUUGCAGUGACUGAUACAGUGGCAUUUCGGGAAAAUUAUAAAGGAUAUCGGGAAAAUUGGAAAUGCAUCAUAGAUCAUUGUCUCAUCAUGGAUGCCUCAGGAUUGGAUCUCCAAGACAUUUUUGGGCUGUUACGUGCAGGAUCUGCUCCCAGCCUGAGCAGUGAAGAGCUGGCCAGCAGAAUCUCAUCAUGUGUUAUGAGUCAAACAGCAAUCGCUCCUGCGCCGCCCGUCACACACACAGACCUCCUGUGCUUGUGUCUCACUCUUACUGAGAGCAUCAUUAGCAGACUGAUGGCACAGAGUCUGCCACAAGAUGCCACAGUAUUCUAUGAAGAUGUGACGAGAAGGCUGUUUGGAGAAAUGAAUCUGAUGGCAAAACUGGUCUCUCUCCUCAGAUCUCAAGACAAGCUGGUGUCUCAUUUAUCUGCAAAGUGCAUGUCAGUCUAUAUCAUCAGUGACAUUUGCAUCACUGGAGGCCGCAGCUGGAUGUGGAGACAAGCGUUUGCUGAAGUGUUUGAGAAAUCAGUGUCCUGCAGUGAACUGGACUCCUGUCUGUGGUCCCUGACCGCUGUGAUUAAAGCAGUGCUGAGAGGAGACACAGGCCCGAAUCAGAGAGAUGUUUUGACAAAGCUUCUUUCUGGAUUGGAUUCCUCCAUCGCUUGCUUGUACACCAACCUUCUGACUCCAGACACACAGGAACCUCACGAAAGAGAACCGGUGAAUCUUUCUAAAACCAUGUGUGAGUUCUUUGACCUCCUGGAGGUGCUCAGCGCUGCCCGGCUCAGACUCGGAGUCUGUUCUUCAGUUCAGAGAGUCACAUUCGUUGAGUCGCGAGCGCUGCUUCACGUCGUGAGAGCUGAGGUGGAGUACUUGGUGAAGAAACGAGCGCUGCUUCUUCUGAAGAGAAGUCUUCUGCGGAGAGCCGGGGAGGACUGGGCUUCAGUUCGGUGUGAAUCACAUGAAGAUCACGGCCUGACGGAGGACGUUCUGAUCAUGGCAGGUGGAGUGUUACAGGAAGUCACUGCAGGCUGGCUGAAGGAAGUCCCUGUGAAAGCUCAAGCCAGUUUCUUUGGUGGGAACUGUGAUGUGAGUCUCAGCGGGACGCAGAAGGACGAUGUGAUUCUGAGAGCCGUGAGCCUGAUUCUGCUGAAGUCACUAGAAAUAAACAUUCAGUCCCCUCCAUGGAAAGGAUCUCAGAGUGACAUUGAUGUCUGUGGGUAUUUAACAGAGCUCAUGUCCUUCCUCCAGCGUCACGGGACUCUGGUGUCUCCAGACGCUCACAGCUGCUCCUGGGUGUCUGUAGUAUUUGCUGAACAGGAUGACGACAUGAUGGAAUCAGCCAAGACUUUGAUUGGAUUGUAUUUAUAUCAGAAAAGUUUGAGCUGCUCAGACUCCAGGGUUUGUGUCUGGGGUUGUAACCCUCACUGUCAUUUCAUACUUCUGCUCCGCUCCCUCUCCUUCGACCACAGCGUGCUGCUGGACUUCCUCAUCUCCUCCGAGACGUGUUUCUUGGAGUACUGCGUCCGCUACCUGAAGCUUCUCCGCGAGGACCGGACGGCCUUCUGUAGCUCUUGUCGUCAUAUUGAAGAUUGUGAUGGUGCUGGAAGAAGAGCCGAUCCGUCCGGUCAAGAUCCCUCUGCUGUUCCCUGCACUAGAUCGUCAACAGGUAACGAUGUCCCACGACUGGUUGAUUAUGGGAGCUCAGACGAAUCCGAGGAGGCAGAAGAGCGUGUUUCUGACAGGAACUCUGGGAAGACUGAGACUCAAUCUGGAAUGGCGCUGGAACAAGUGCAGACUGAACAUGCAUCUGAUUCUCUGCUGGAUCACGUCAUGAUUGGGACCCUUAGUGAGUGGCUGUGGUGGGACCGGCUGUGGCUGCCGGGGAACCUCACGUGGGCCGAUCUCAAAGACGAGGAAGGGCUCGUCUACGCCAGAGCAUCCCACCUCUACGUCACUGUGCCAUAUGCUUUAGUCUUCCUUGUAGUCAGAUACGUGUUUGAAAGGUUGAUAGCAACACCGCUCGCAGCUUCGCUUGGUGUUACAGAGAAAACCAGAUACAAAGUGGAGCACAAUGCUGUUCUCGAACAUUAUUUCAUUACAAAAUCAAAACAUCCAGGACAGGCAGAUAUUGACGGCCUGUGCAAAAAAUGCAGCUGGUCUGGUAGACAAGUGGAGCGCUGGUUCAGAAGGAGACGAAACCAGGACCGUCCUGGGGUUCUGAAAAAAUUCAGAGAGGCCAGCUGGCGAAUGGUGUAUUAUCUGGCGGCCUUCAUUGGUGGAAUCAUAACCCUGUAUGAUAAACCCUGGUUUUAUAAUUUGCGCGAGGUGUGGAACGGCUAUCCCAGACAGUCCAUGCUAGAUUCUCAGUACUGGUAUUAUAUUUUGGAGAUGAGCUUCUAUUUGUCGCUAGUGCUCAGAAUAACCUUCGACGUCAAACGAAAGGACUUUAAAGAGCAGAUCAUCCAUCAUUGGGCCACGCUGACACUCUUGGCUUUCUCCUGGUGUGGCAACUACAUCCGGGUCGGGACCCUGGUCAUGCUCAUUCACGAUUCCUCUGACAUUCUUUUAGAGUCCGCUAAGAUCUUCAACUAUGCCAAAUGGGAAAGCACGUGCAACGGCAUCUUUGUGGUAUUUGCUGCCAUCUUCAUAGUCACGCGACUCAUAAUCUUUCCAUUUUGGAUCAUUCACUGCACGUGGGUUUAUCCUCCCGACUAUUACCCACCAUUCUUUGGGUAUUACUUUUUAAACUUCAUGCUUGUCAUCCUGUUGAUGCUGCACAUAUUCUGGGCGUAUCUGAUUCUACGCAUGGUGAAGAUGUUCCUUUUUGGAAGUCUAACCAAAGACGAGAGAAGUGACAAUGAAGAAGACGAGGAAGAGGACGGGGAAACCAGUGUGACCGAGGACAAUGACGGACAUGUGAAAGUGACCAAUGGCUGUGGAGCAGGAGGCGGGGCUAAUCAUCACUGACACCUCUUCUCUCAAACUGUGAAGGACUUUGAAUUGCCCUCAGGGAUGCGAGGAGCCAAAAACAUACAUUUGAUUUAUUAUCACGCAGAGAACAUGUCAGAAACCUGUCAAAACAAAUUGCAUCUUUUAAUAAUGCUGAAAAAACCCUUUUUUUCCCCCACUUGGCUUCACUGGAGACGACUUGCUGUGUGUCUUGGCUGCUUCAAAACCUUUUUCCCCCUUUCAACUAAAACUUUUUUUCAUUAUGGCACAAGAUCACAUGGGUAAUUAUGAAAAAACACAGUGCAAAGAAAAAGAAACUCCUCGUAAGUUUUAAUAGACUCCUCAUUGUUUUUGAAGCUCAAAGAUCACGUCACACUGGCUGCUCUCGCCGUCUGGCAUCGCCCAUCGAGGCUUCAUCUGCCGUGCUGUUGAGUUUUACAUCAACCUCUGCUGUCCAGCUCAGCCUCUAGCGAGAACUAAUAAGAUGAGAUCUCAAGUUUAUGUUUCCCGCAAGUGAUUUUGAAGCAGAACAUCUACUUUUGUAUCACUUUAACCUCUUGCAGGCAUCGUUUUCUUUUAUUCUUACGCCGUGUCUACACUGAAUGCGUCCAACUUUGUUUCUUGAAAGAGUUCACACUUGCAAUACAAGUUUUUUUUGUCAAUGCAGGCCAUUUUCAGAAACUUUUGAUGGCUGGAGGUCAUCGAGUCUCUGUACUGCUGGUUUCUAGUAUGCAUUUCUAUGCUCACUUGGCAUGCACUCAAAGAAUGUCAUUUCAAAUCACCAGCUGUCAUUGAAAAUGAAGGACUUCCAGUCAAUAGUCAGUGUUAAUCUAUCUAUCUAUCUAUCGAUCUUGGCCUCAAUUAAAAUAAAUUUUUUUGAAUGCAUUUUAAGUGUUUAAGUGCAUAACCCUUUUUCAGCUGUUGCUCAAUUAUGACAGAAGUUGAAAUAGAAUGGUUUUGAUACAUUGCUCACAUCCAGCGUAGACACGGUUUUAUAGGAUAUUACAGUAUGGAUGUGACUUAAAACUACCCAAGUAUAUCUCGAGAAUGAUGUUAAAUUUGAGGUUUUUUAAUAUGUUUUGUUGACGUUUUAUGAACUUAAAAUAGCUGGUUGACUAUUCACAUCUGUGAGCGACUGAUUUGGUGAGUGUUUUAGGAUAUUUAAUUAGUUGAAAUGUGUAUGAGAGAAUGAUGAAUGAACGAAAGUCAGGCCUUUGCAAAUAAAAUUUUAUGACAAGCCAUUUUUUUGCUGGGGUUAUGCACAGACCCAGAGAUCAGCAGAGAUGGUUUUGAGAAUUUACUGUUUUAUGCACUGAAAGUGUAAAUGAAUUAUUGAAGGAUAUUUUUUUAAAUGUUGAAUUCUAAUUUUAUUGUAAUAAAGGUUUUGAUCCAA